UUGGUCUUUGUAGCCUUAGACUAUGACUAUCAUGUACUUGAGGCAAAGGCCUUGCUUUACAGAGGCCAUCAUCUUGUGCUGCCAGGUUUCUACAGCAGGCAGAGAAUGCGUUUUGCCUCUUGAAGCAGGUGAUUAGUGACAUCCUCUCUGUUCUGUGAAGGCCACCAUAGUUCCCUGAAGCGGUGAGGAGGAGUCCACUAUUGCAGUGUACCCUGUAAGAUGUCCUGGGAAGGGCUGGAGGCCCAGUGUCGCACAGAGAGGAUCCAGUGUGAUCAGCUUGGCGUGAACAGAGCCAACGUCAAUGAUUAUGAGGUCGAGUUUCUCUGCGACUACAAGAAGACCAAGGUGGAGGAGUUCUACCUGGUAAAGUGGAAGUCAUUUCCAGAGUCUGACAACACCUGGGAGCCCAAGAGAAACCUCAAAUGCUCCAAACUGAUGAAGCAGUUCCACCUGGACCUUGAAGAGGUGCUGAGAAGGCACAAGAGACGUUGUGUCCCUAAAAAACUGGAUAGGGAAAUUGCUUCAUUCCUCACCCAGAAAGCCAAACUCCGCUUGAAUCUGCAGCACUGGCAGGACCAUUUAAAUUUGACUCGCAACCAUCCAGGCCGCAUUUUUGUCACAAAUGGAGUGGACCUUGAGGGGCCCCCUAAAAACUUCACCUACAUCAACAACUAUAAAGUAGGCCAGGGUAUAGUGUUAAAUGAGGUGGCUGUGGGUUGCGAGUGUAAGAACUGUGUAGAGGAGCCAGUAAAUGGCUGCUGCCCCGGAGCCUCUUUGCAUCGCAUGGCUUACAACGAUAAAGGCCAGGUCCGGAUUCGACCAGGACAGCCAAUAUACGAGUGUAACUCCAGAUGCAGCUGUAGCCCUGAUUGUCUCAACAGAGUGGUGCAGAAGGGCAUCCAGUUUGACCUGUGCAUCUUUAAGACGGAGAACGGCCGAGGUUGGGGAGUUCGCUCAUUACAACACAUCAAAAAGAACACAUUUGUCAUGGAAUACAUUGGAGAGAUCAUCACAACAGAUGAAGCGGAGAGAAGAGGACAUGUGUACGAUCGACAAGGAUCUACAUACCUCUUUGACCUGGACUAUGUGGAGGAUGUGUACACAGUAGAUGCCGCGCACCAUGGCAACAUCUCCCACUUUGUCAACCAUAGCUGUAACCCUAACCUGCAGGUGUUCAACGUGUUCAUUGACAACAUUGACGAGAGGCUUCCGAGAAUAGCUUUAUUUUCAACUCGGGCUAUUCGGGCGGGGGAAGAGCUCACCUUUGACUACAAAAUGCAAAUGGACCCGGUCGACACAGAAAGCACCAAAAUGGACUCCAGUUUCAGUCAAGCAGGACUCCCCAGCUCGCCGAAGAAGAGGAUUCGAGUGGAGUGUCGGUGUGGAUCGGACACCUGUCGAAAAUAUCUCUUCUGAUAAGGCGAAACUGGUAUUGAAAAAUGUGAAAGAUUGUACAGUUUUUUUUGUUUUAAAGAAAGAAAAAAAAAAUAAUUAAAGUUUUUUUUUUUAUGUACUUUUUUAUAUGAACGCUCAAAGCCACCAUCAACAUCUCUGCAGUUACUAUGUAAUACAUUUUAGUUAUUAUAAAUAUAUUCACCGUCCAUUUUAAAUA